UCAGAACUGCAGCGUCUUGAAAGCCGGCAGCGCACGCCAAUUUUCUUCGUUCGUCCUCAGUGCAGGAUAACGGAGACAACUAGCAGCCGGGGGCUAAUAAAAUAACUUUAAAAAGCACCAUACUUUGGCAUAUUGUGCUGAUAUACAGCGUCAUCUGAAGAACACUACUUGGAAAUUGAGAGAAUCAGAGUCGGGCAGUCUGCGAUGGCCACAGUGAUGCGACGGUGUCCCUUCCUGUCCCUCGUCCCGCACGCCCUGCUGCAGCAGGCUGGGAAGUCCCUGGUGGUAUACGCCCAGAGGUGUCCAGUGAUGAUGGACCUGGCCUCCCGCCCCCUGGCCCGCGCCCUCUCGUCCUCCGCUGCCAGCUUCCAGAAGGCGGAGCAGACCCCGCCCAGCGGAGAGGCCCCCAAGCCCGCAGUCAGGCUGCCCCCAGGACACCCGAUGCCCCCCCCAGGCCAGGCGGCGGCCACCAAGUGCCCGUUCCUGGCAUCGGAGAUGGGGCAGAACAGCGGCGUGGUGCGGCAGGCGCGCAUGGAGCUGCAGGAGGAUGUGCAGGAGAUGCAGGCCGUGCGCAGAGAGCUGGCUGAUUCCCCAGUGAACCCCACUGUGGUCAACAUCACCAAGGAAAUGGAGGUGGAGGAGGAUGACCUCCUCACCAGCCUGCUCAAACAGCGCCCCCCGAGGGUGUCUCAUCUGCUGCAGGACAACAUGCCCAAAUCGGUCUCUAACUUCCAUUACGAUAAGUUCUUUGAGAAGAAGAUCGAGGCAAAGCGGAGCGACCACACCUACCGCGUGUUUAAGACGGUGAACCGGCGGGCCACAUCCUUCCCCAUGGCAGAUGACUACAGCGAGUCGUUGUCCUCCCGCCGUGACGUGUCCGUCUGGUGCAGCAACGACUACCUGGGCAUGAGCCGGCACCCACACGUUGUGCGCUCCGUCAUGGACACCUUGCGGAAGCACGGCUCUGGGGCUGGCGGCACGCGGAACAUCUCUGGCACCAGCAAGUUUCACGUGGAGUUGGAGCGCGAGCUGGCGGACCUGCACAACAAGGACGCCGCCCUGCUCUUCUCCUCCUGCUUUGUGGCCAACGACUCCACCCUCUUCACCCUCGCCAAGAUGCUGCCAGGCUGUGAGAUCUACUCGGAUGCGGGGAACCACGCCUCCAUGAUCCAGGGCAUCAGGAACAGUGGGGCGCCCAAAUUCAUCUUCCGCCACAACGAUGUGGCUCACCUGCGAGAGCUGCUGCAGCGAUCCGACCCCACUACCCCCAAGAUCGUGGCAUUCGAGACGGUCCACUCCAUGGACGGCGCCGUGUGUCCGCUGGAGGAGAUGUGCGAUGUGGCCCACGAGUUCGGCGCCAUCACGUUUGUGGAUGAGGUUCACGCCGUGGGUCUGUACGGCGCAAGGGGCGGUGGCAUCGGCGACCGCGACGGCGUCAUGCACAAGAUGGACAUCAUCUCAGGGACGCUGGGUAAAGCGUUCGGCUGCGUGGGCGGGUACAUCGCCAGCACCAGCGGCCUGGUGGACGUGGUGCGCUCGUACGCGGCGGGCUUCAUCUUCACCACGUCGCUGCCGCCCAUGCUGCUGGCGGGGGCGCGCGAGUCGGUGCGCACGCUGAAGGGGGAGGAGGGCCGCGCCCUGCGCCGCCGGCACCAGCGCAACGUCAAGCUGCUCCGCCAGAUGCUGAUGGACUCCGGCCUGCCCGUGGUGCACUGCCCCAGCCACAUCAUCCCCAUCCGGGUCGCCGACGCCGCGAAGAACACGGAGGUGUGUGACAUCAUGAUGAGCCGCCACAACAUCUACGUGCAGGCCAUCAACUACCCGACGGUGGCCCGGGGGGAGGAGCUACUGCGCAUCGCCCCCACGCCCCACCACACCCCCCAGAUGAUGAAAUACUUUGUGGAGAAGCUGCUGGGCACCUGGAAGGAGGUGGGGCUGGAUCUGAAGCCUCACUCCUCGGCCGAGUGCAACUUCUGCCGCCAGCCGCUGCACUUCGAGCUGAUGAGCGAGAGAGAGAAGUCCUACUUCAGCGGAAUGAGCCAGGAGAUCUCAGCCAGCGCCUGACCCCACCCUGACCCGGCCCCCUCAUUUGUCACAAUGUCAUAGAUUUUUAUAACUAUCUUUUUUUUAUCAGAUGUUGUAACUUAUUGAGAUGAAUAAUUCCAUGUGCAACACCCUGAAUGACCAAUAAAUGGCUGUGAAACAGUG